UUAUCGACUACUGCACAUUGAAUUUCUCUCCUGGUUCUAGACUAAUCUCCAGCCCACUGUACGCAUUGAAUUCUCUCUUUUUGGUAUCGUCUUGUUUACGGUGGAUUCCAGUUUUAUGGUGAGAUGUGCGAUGUUAGAUGAGGUUGAUAAGGGGUUAGAACGUUUUUUUGUAGGAGAUCCCAACUCUUAUCGACCACAGUACAUUGAAUUUCUCUCCUGGUUCUAGACUAAUUUCCAGCCCACUGUACGCAUUGAAUUCUCUCUCUCUCUUUUUGGUAUCGUCUUUCUGGUUUAUGGUGGAUCCCAGUUUCAUGGUGAGAUGUGCGAUGUUAGAUGAGGUUGAUAAGGGGUUAGAACGUUUUUUGUUGGCAGGAGAUCCCAACUCUUAUCGACCACAGCACAUUGAAUUUCUCUCCUGGUUCUAGACUAAUCUCCAGCCCACUGUACGCAUUGAAUUCUCUCUCUCUUUUGGUAUCGUCUUUCUGGCAUUUCUCCUAUGCUCUGGGGCUAGGAGUAGAAGAGGCAGGAGCCAUAACCUAAAUGAAAAGUUGGAUAACAAACCCUAACAAAACCCUCGCCAAUCUUUCAGUGUUUCUCCAUUUCUCUCCAUUAUGGAAAGCUUAAGAGCCACUUACAGAGACGAAGAUGACGAAGACGAUGAUUGGAGCAACAACGGCCUCAUCAAUCAAGACCAAAUGACCCCCGCCACCGCUGACCCCACUGUCUCUGCCACCACCAUACCUCCUGAAAACAACCAGGAAAACCACAUAAAAGAAGACCAAGAUAACUCAGACGAGCUCUCUGAAGACGAAAUCUCCGAUGAUGACAACGACGAAGAAGAACCCCAGCCACCACAGCCCCAAGAAGAAGAAGAACGAGAAUCACUAAAACCCACUACAGCUUCCGACGAAGACGAGGAUCCUCCAACGAAGAAACAAAAGUCUCUCUCUUCCUUAAAUUUUCAAUCUCCUGAAACAAUGCCGCCGGAACAAGUGGCGCCGGAAGCAACGCCAGAAGCUCAGCCAACGGCAGCUGCAACAACGGCAGCGGUGAAGAAGCCAAAGAAGAAAAACAACAACGUUUGGACGAAAUCAACAUCUCGAAAGUGGAAAAAGAAGAGCAAAUCCAAUGCCAAUGUUACUGCCGAAGACACUGUUCUAAUAGCACCGAUUCCCCGGUUCCCCGACAAGACCGAUGACACUCCUGAGAUGAAAAUUUGUCUUUCCAAGGUCUACAAGGCAGAGAAAGUUGAGCUGAGCGACGAUAGGUUGUCAGCAGGGAGUUCAAAAGGAUACCGGAUGGUUAGGACAACUAGAGGGGUUGUGGAGGGAGCUUGGUAUUUCGAAAUUAAGGUGGCAAAGCUUGGUGAAACAGGGCACACCAGGCUUGGAUGGUCGACAGAGAAGGGGGAUUUGCAGGCACCUGUGGGUUAUGAUGGGAAUGGUUUUGGUUAUAGGGAUAUUGAUGGAAGUAAGAUACAUAAGGCCUUGAGGAACAAGUAUGGAGAAGAAGGGUAUUCUGAAGGUGAUGUUAUUGGAUGCUACAUUAAUCUGCCAGAGGGUAGUCUUUAUGCACCAAAACCUCCACAAUUGGUUUGGUAUAAGGGGCAAAGGUAUCAAUAUUCUCUUGAUGGGAAGGAAGAUCCCCCCAAAGUAGUACCAGGAAGUGAGAUAUCUUUCUUUAAGAAUGGAGUAUGCCAAGGCGUUGCUUUCAAGGAUCUGCAUGGGGGGCGCUACUAUCCUGCAGCUUCCAUGUAUACACUCCCCAACCAACCCAAUUGUGUGGUAAAGUUCAAUUUCGGCCCUGACUUCGAAUUCUUUCCUCAGGACUUUGAAGGCCGUCCAAUACCUAAACCCAUGAUUGAAGUUCCUUAUCAUGGGUUUGACAGUAAAGUGGAAAACGGUGGGUCCAGUGAGAGAAAAAAUUAACAAAACCAAUGUAUCUUGGCCUUGUCACAAGCAAAUAAUGCAGGUGGUGUUGAAUCCAUGCAAUUAAUCUCUUGUAUCAUUGUUGAUUAAUGAUUAAUGAACGAAUGAGACUGUUGUAAAAUGAUGAAAUUUUCUUCGGAAAUUGGAAGCAUGAUCUCAUUGCAUCUGAAGCAUAGGAUUUGCUUGCACAGGCUAACAAUGUAAUGAUAUUCUACUUUAUUUGAUGACUUUGCAGGAAUCCAA